CGAACACCGCAGCGAAAGCGAACGCGUGUGCGAAGAAGGCAAAGAAAACAUCUGAGCGACGAGCAAACGGAUUUUUUCUUCUGGCUGCCUGCCUCUGUAUACUGUGCAACCGAUUUCGUGAGUUUUGCGAAGUGAUUUUUCAAUAGUUGCUGAACGUUGAAAAUUUCGAAAUUUGUUCUUAAAGUGCGCAUUAGAGUGAGCUUCGUUGGUGAAAAGUGAAAUUCAACCGAUUUUUGGUUGAUAUCGUGGGAAAAAUUGCGUAAAAACUUACGCUCGGUGGUUGUUUUCGUUUUCUGUUUUGCCCGUUUCUGUUGGAAGCCGCCGCCGCAGUUGGCCUUGAGAGUGAAGCGAUUUUCGUUCGGAGGGACGGUUGAUAUGUUUAUUUUGCUGGACCGCCAGCCAGAGAUUCCAGAGCAGUAGUGAUUGGUUUUUGCAUGAAAUUGUAGGUAGAUGGAUAACUACACGGAAAGCAGUGGAGUUGAUUCGUCCCCCGACAUGAACUCCAGUGUCGAAUUGCCGUCGCCGGACCGGUCGAUUGUGAUGCCUCGGAAGUUAACGUUUGGGCUGUCUCCCGAGAAUGAUCCGGUAGGAAGUGAUUACCGGCGGGCAGCGCUGGCAGUUAGUCCCCGAAAACAACCGUCAAUUUCUCCGCCGUAUCGGAAAGUGCGAGCGCUGCGGCUGUUUGAUUCGCCAGCCACUCCAAAGACGAUCAUUCAAAAGUCAACAAGUAAAUUCAUGAAAGCGCUGGGCAAUGCCAAUGCGAAAGAAUCUGAGCUUGCCAAACAAAUCGAUACCAACGAAGUCAUCAGCGAGAAACCUCGAGCUGUUCCGUUGCAUCGGUCACAUUUUGAGAACGUAAUUCCGUCAGCAAAUGUCAAUCCGUUUACUCCUCCGGGGAUGUUCAUGCGAACGAAGAAACGGAUGCGCGAGACCGUGUUGAAUUCCAGUUUUCCGGCCGUUUUCCCAAGCAACAAGGUAAAUCAACCCUCUCUCCGGCAAAGUUUUGGCUACUUCCAGAAGUCCUGCAAUGACUCACUCAAGACUUCAACCCUGCUGGAAGAUGAUCACACCGAAGUCCGGCAGGCCCCGAAACGGCUAGCUCUGCAAGACUCAAACAUUUCGCGGUAUGAGAAAGAGUUCGUGGAACUGACGUUGCUCGGUGUUGGCGAGUUCGGAUUGGUGUACCAGUGCAUAAAUCGAUUGGAUGGCUGUGUUUACGCAAUCAAGCGAAGUAUCAAACCCGUCGCCGGCAGUUCCUUCGAGAAGACGGCUCUAAACGAAGUCUACGCUCAUGCUGUCCUCGGUAAGCACGACAACGUAGUUCGAUACUACUCGGCGUGGGCCGAAAACAAUCACAUGCUGAUCCAAAACGAGUUCUGCAACGGCGGAAGUUUGCAGACCCUGCUGCAGGAACGAACCCUCAAGGAGUCCGAGUUGCGAAUGUUGCUGCUCCACAUCGCCGAGGGUCUCAAGUACAUUCACUCGAACGAUCUCGUUCAUAUGGAUCUGAAAGCUGGAAACAUUUUCCUCACCAAAGUGCCAAUCCGUCCGUCGUGCUCUUCCGGUCCUUCGCAUCAUCCGGACAACGCCGACGACGGUUUCGAAGAUAUCUUCGAAGACCUCGAAAACGAGUUCCUAAUAACGUACAAAAUCGGUGAUCUCGGUCAUGUCACGUCGGUGAACGACCCCCAGGUAGAGGAAGGCGACUGUCGAUACCUUCCGAACGAAAUCCUCCAAGAGGACUUCUCCAAUCUUCCCAAAGCGGACAUCUUCUCGCUGGGAAUAACGUUGUACGAAGCGGGCGGAGGCGGUCCCCUCCCGAAGAACGGACCAAAAUGGCACCAGCUGCGGAGUGGAUCAUUCCCCGAUCUGCCCAACAUCAGCCGGGAGUUCAAUGAGCUAAUCAAGGUGAUGAUGCAUCCCGAUCCGGAGAAGCGACCCUCCUCGACUACCAUUUUCAACCAUUCGGUCCUGUCGCCGAUCGAUUCCAAAAGCAAGGCGCAGCUCUGUCUCGAACUCAGCAUGGAACGGCAGAAGAACGAGGUGUUGAUGCGAAAGUUGAAGGAGCAGAGCAAAAUGCUAAAGUCGUACGAGCAAGCGCAGACACCGAGUACUCGCAAGUGUCGAAGUUCGGCUACCCGCGAAUUGACGGUAUCCGAUCGGAAACUACGUUCCUAUUCACGCAAAAAACGGUCCACGAACCUGAUCACAACGCGACGGGGUAUUCGGGACAACAGCAAGGGGAAGGACUACUAAGCAGCACCACUCAUCGAUCGAUCCGUACACAGAUUGAAGGCAGCCGAAGAAAUCAUCGUGCACAGAGGACAACCAGAUAGGCAGAGCAACAGUACAGCAGCAGCAACUCGAUAUCGAAUAUCACACAAAAAAGGGAAGCUGAACCGGAAACGGACAUCGAAUUUGUGUUACACUUUUCUUAUUUUUUUUACUUUGGAUGUAUUUUUAAUCUGGAAUCGUCUUUAUACUCAAAAUUUAAUUUUUCAUUUCGGAUUUUUUUUUCGACCUUAUUUCUAAAUUAUUUUUUAGUAGUUUGUUUAAAACUGUCUUGAACUCGUUUAUACAAGAAACAAAAUGAUUAAUUAUUUAGGUUUGUCAGGAUUAAAAAGUGUUAUAAAGUUACAUUGUUUUGGGCGAAAGUUGAACUAAAUUAAACGUAAAUUAUAAGUUAUCCAAAAUCGUUAUGAUAAUCUAAUAUCAACACAACAAAGAAUUAAAAACAAUGUGUUAAAAGCUAAGCUGUGAGACUUGUUGAUGCGAAGCGUGCCUUUCGAGAUGUGAACCAUCGGAAUAAUACGACAACAGUAUGUGAAGAUAAACUAACAGUCAAAUAUUGAUGUACCUACAUUUCAAUCAAACGAUAAGUCCAAAAUAUCAGAAGGAGGAGACAUUGCCCUACUCUGGGACUAGUAAUAUAGGAAAUGCGGUGUAAAC